AUGUCUUAAAUUCAUAACGAUCUUUGUUUAAAGAGCAUUGAUGAAUUAAGACAAGCAUUUAAAUAAGUUUAAGUUCCUAAUAAAUAACCAUAACAAUAAUAAUAACAAUAAUAAUAAUAAUCUUAACAAUAAAGUGAAUAAAAAGAAGUUGAAAGAGUUAUAGAAUCUAUAGGACCUUCAUAUUAACAUUAAUAAUUGCAUUGUCAUCCUAUUUGUUUCCCUUCACAUCACCAUAUAAAUUAUCAACCUUUUUUAAUAAUAUAAGAGUAGCCUGUAAAUGAAAGAAAAUCAAAUAAAAAAAAGAAGAAGUAUGUUAAGGAAGUUAUAGAGGAGAUUUAAGUUCAAUUACCAAUUAAAAAAUCUAAAUAAAAAAUAGAAUAACCAAAUUUUAAUGUUUAAAGAGAAGUUGAUCAUUUAGAAUAACUUAUAAGGCAAGUAAAAAUUGAACAAUAACCUGCUUAAGUAUUAGAAUAUAACAUCAGUGUUCCUGAAUAAGAAAAACCUAAAGAUAAUACAGAAAUGAUUGCCAUGUUAACAGCAUUAAAACCAGAACCAAUCUAAUUACCAAAAGAUGAUUAUUUAAAAAUUGAAAAUGCUAGAUUAUAAGAAGAAAUAAAGAAUACUAAAAUAUAAUACCAUGAACUCUAAGUUAAAUAUGAUGAAUUAUAAAAAAGAAAGAGAAAAGAAAAAAUAGUGAAGGAAAUUGAAUAUAAAGAAAUACCAAAAAUAAUUGAAGUUCCUAGAGAUGUAAUAAAAGAAGUAGUAAAACCUUUUGAAGUUGUUAAAGAGGUGAUUAAAGAAGUUGAGAAACCAUCAUAAAUGAAUACAAAAGAAAUUCCGAUAUACAUACCUUAAUAUAAAGAAGUUACAAUUAAUAAAGAAGUACCAGUUUAUAAAGAGGUUAAAGUUGAAAAAGAAGUGAAAGUUUAUAAAGAUAUUCCUGUAUAUAAAGAUGUACCUGUUUAUUAUGAUGUUCCUGUUUAUAGAGAUGUUCCUAUAUAUUAGAAAGUACCUGUUUAUAAAGAAGUACCAGUUUAUUCUGAACCAGUCAAUGUAUAUAGAGAAAUUCCAAUCAUAAAAGAAAUUGAACGAAUUCCAGAAACUAUUGUUGAACAUCCAAAUUUAUCAAGAACAAGAAAGGUGAUAUCUCACAAUCAAAAUGGUAGAUCAUACAUCCGAUCUCCUUAUUCAAGAAUAGAAUAUUGA